CCAUGCGAGCCGGAAGAACAAGUCACUCGAUCAACCUGCUGCUUUUGCUUGCGGCCCUCUGCUUCGCAAGCGCGGUUUUUGCCCAAACAAUAACAACCGGAGGCACAAAUUCGACUAAAGGCAUCAGGCCUUUAAGGAUUUCCAGCAUCCAUGGCCCAGCACUUUUCAGAUGUCUUCGUCCGUGCUGCCCUUGGCCGACAAUGGUCUAUCAAAAGGCCUACGACAGCUGCCAAAUCAAAGUAGGAAAUUCCUCGGCAACAUUGCCUUUUGACAGAAUGUGCCGAGUGGAUUGCGGAAUGAAGAACAUGACCUUUUUGAACGGAACAAAGAUUGACUAUGACAAGUUGAGGACUAAAUUUAUGCGCGCCGCCGGUGGUUUGCAGAGUGCAGCUAAUGAGUCUGUCUCUGAGUGUUCUGCAUACGUUGAAAAGCUCAACGGCACUUAUCCCGUUGCCGCCUCUGCCCCUAAUGGUACCACAAUAUGCAACGCAAUUGCGGCGGUCACCUGGAACUGCGUCCGUCAAAAAUUUGUUAAUAAAACUUGUACAAGCACCGCAGCUUUAGACCCGCAAUGCUCGGCCUGUUUUGAAAAACUAAAGUUGGUGACGCCACUCGACCUUCUUGUUAAUUGAAAAAUGCACCGUGAAAUUUUUGUCUUUGCUGGAAUAAAAUCCAAAUUCAUAGA